GGAAGUUGUAAUGGCGGCGUCCAGUAACAACGAAGCCGGGUCCUUGCCCUGCGAUGAUUUUUUACAGUUUCAGGAUACCUUGAAACAGUGGAGAAAUUUAGAUGAUCGCAUCAUCAGUGCGUUGAACAAAAUCAUUCCUACACAGUCUUUUUCUGGCCAAGUCGAUGCAAAUAGCCAGUGUAAAAAGCUUUAUGAUGAGUUGAUUGAGGGGCAUGAGAUGAGGAAUAAGGCCAUCUUAUACUGUCUGGAAAAGGGAUCAAAAGUGAUAGAUGAGCUCAGACAACAACGUGCCAACAACAAGGACAACUUAGACUUACUGAAAUCUUUACGAAAGCAACAGACACAGGUCCGCCUUAUACAAAAUGAAGUAAAUGUAGAAGAAGUUGUCAGAGAUAGAACACUAAAGGUAUUUUAUGAACGAUGUAGGGACUACUACAAGCCACCAGAAAAACCAUUUGGAGUGUCGUGACAGAGACUUAGUUGUAGUCUUUUUUUCACUUGUUAUCCAGAUGUAGUUUGAUGCAUUGGAACAUUUUAGAAUUAUGCACACUGAAAUAACAAAGUUUUUGGCUGUGCACAGAAAAGAGACCAAAUGAGAAACAGAACUUUUUUCAAGUUGUUUGUACAGUAUCUACUACUACUACCUAAAUGGUGCAACUAUCAAAAUUGGAAAGCUAGAGUUAAUUGAAUUAAAGGGAUAACAGCUGUUCAUAUGAGAUUCAUACAUCAUUGUAAACAACUCAUAGAAAUAUUAUGAAUUCUAUUUUACCACCUUGCUAACUACUGGACCACGUGGACCAUCACAGAUGCCUAUACUAACAUAAAAAUCUCUUAAGAGAGAAUUACAAAUAGCCAAACUUUUUAGAAAAAAAACAACUAACUUUGAAUGUGGGAAU